AUCUGUUCUGUACCUACACCAGAACUGGAUGCUUCAGCGGAAAGAGCGCCCUCUGGAAAUCACAAACACUCUGAGAACUCCCAUGAGCUUCCAAAGGGCUGUAAACGAUGAAAAGGGCAAAGCUCGCUACGUGAAACCAGGUCUCUUUCCUUCAUCCUUUGUCAUCAAAGCAUCAUCUCGAAAACCGUUUGGGAUCCUUUCUCCAAAUGUUCUGUGCAAUAUGAGUGGGAAGAGUCCUGUAGAGAGCAGCUGGAAUGUUAGAGCCAAAAAGAAUGUCCCGGCUGCAACAAUCCAUCAGGGCGAAGGAGAAGGCCCACUUGAUAUCUGGGCUGUUGUGAAACCUGGAAAUACCAAGGAGAAAAUUGCAUUCUUUGCAGCCCACCAGUGUAGCAGUAGGAUAGGAGCUAUGAAAAUAAAAAGCACCUGGGAUAUUGAUGGGAGAGCUAUUAAAAGAAGGAAAAAAUCAGGGGAUCUUAAAAAAGCCAAGAUACAGUUAGAAAAUGUGAGGGAAGUCAGCAGCAGAUGCUACCAGCCUGAGCCAUUUGCCUGCGGCAUUGAGCACUGUUCCGUGCAUUACAUGAAUGACAGCGGGGAUGGAGUCUACGCUGGGAGGCAUCUGUCAGUUAUACAGAUGGUUGCCUUCCUCGAGCAAAGAGCCAGUGCUCUGCUAGCUAGCUGUGCGAAAAACUGCACCAACUCACCUGCCAUUGGGAGGUUUUCUGGUCAAUCCAGAGGGAUGCCCCCAGCCCCUGAGCCCUUCUCUGACCCAGGAGUUUGUGAAGAACCCCCAGAAAGGGGAAAUCCUGAGGUUGGAGAAACACAGAGUGAAUCAGUCCGUGUCCUUGACAUGGUAGCCAGGCUGGAGUCUGAGUGCCUGAAGAGGCAGAACCAGCGUGAACCUGGGAGCCUGUCACGAAAUAACAGCUUCCGGCGCAAUGUAGGCAGAGUGUUGCUUGCAAAUGGCAGUCAGGCUGAUGAAAGCAAAACGAAAAAAGAUGCACUCGAGGCGCCUGACACUCAGGUGAGUCCUGUGCAGCCUGUCUCUCUGAACUGUGGCCCUGCGAGUGCAGAUCAUUGUUCCCCUGUAGGGGACUGGGCCUGGAACAGCGCCCCUCAGGACCGUUCCUCACUCCAAGCAAGUGUGAAUUUCUGCACAGGCAGUGUAGAAUCAGAGCUAGGUCAGCAAACUGCCACAAAAACCAGCGACAGGCAUGAUGUGGAAAUGGCAGAUGAACUUGAUGGAUUACCUUUUUCUUCUCACACCUGUUCUCGAGCCACUGAAUUGCCCACGGAUGCUAUUGUUUGUAUGAGUACAGAGCUUCUGCCACUCACUAAUCAAAAGCCUGAUCAGAGGAAAAUUGAAUCUUUGUGCAUUAGCGUCACUGUGUCCAAGGCAGAAGAAGGCCAGUCUUCUAACGUAAGCUCCCAUGAAGAACCUCUUCCAGGGAUGUUGUUCUUCCUGCCACCUGGUCAGCAUCAGUUGGCCUGUCCCCAGUUGAAUGAGAGCACAGCUCCAGAGUACUCAAAGGAUAGCCCGCAUGAAGGCACUGCCGAGGAGGACGGUGCUGAGAAGAGCGGUGUUUCUGCCAAGCCACGUACACUCCCACCCUCUGCAGUAGAAAGCACAUUGCCAGUGCUUGAAGCAUCCACUUGGAAGAAGCAGGUGUCUCAUGACUUUUUAGAGACCAGGUUUAAAAUCCAACAGCUUCUGGAGCCUCAGCAGUACAUGGCAUGUCUGCCCCACCAUAUUAUGGUGAAAAUUUUCAGGUUACUUCCCACCAGGAGUUUGGUGGCUCUUAAAUGUACCUGCUGCUAUUUCAAGUUUAUCAUUGAAUACUACAACAUCAGGCCAGCAGAUUCACGUUGGGUUCGAGACCCACGCUAUAGAGAGGAUCCCUGCAAGCAGUGCAAGAAAAAAUAUGUGAAAGGAGAUGUGUCCCUAUGCCGGUGGCACCCCAAGCCCUAUUGCCAAGCACUGCCCUAUGGGCCUGGAUACUGGAUGUGCUGCCACCGGUCUCAGAAGGGUUUUCCUGGCUGUAAGCUAGGUCUUCAUGACAAUCACUGGGUCCCUGCGUGUCACAGCUUUAACCGGGCAGUGCAUAAGAAAGCCAGAGGGAGUGAAACUGAAGAGGAAUACUAAAGGCCAGGUGAGAGACAACCACAAAACACCUAGGUAAACAGUGUUCUCUUUCAGUCGUCGUAGAGCACCUGCACCUGUUCCAUCAGGACUGCUAUUGCUUGAGCAUUUUUUAAAUUCUUCAUUUACCGGCUCUACAAGAAGACUGGUGUGAUUUUACAGGAAACCCUCACACUUGAUCCAAGGUGUAACUAUGCCUGUUUUUCUCUGUCCUCGAAGGAUGAAGACUUGGCACCAUCGGGGACAUUCAGAGCUCACUGCAGGUUCUGCUGGCAGUCCCCAGGUAGGGCUUCCAGGAAUGUUUCUAGCACUGGCACCAUAUUUGACAUGAGUAAAUGCUGCCCUGUGAGAAGAACAGCAAGGCCCUGGAUGAAAAGUGUACCUAAAAGGAGAAGUCGGGCACCUCACCUUAGACCUCGUAUGCUUGAUCUUGUGAGACUGGUGUUUGUGGGUGGAGAUGGAUUUCAUGCCCUGUGGUGUUUACAGUGUACAUAAUGGUUGUGUUUUCAUAGGGCUGUGAAAGUGCACAUUAAACCUGAGCGCCUUUACUUUUAAUGAGUGCUUUGGCCCCUCUGUAUAUAACACAAUUAAAAUCCCGUUGUAGAUGAUGGACAACAUAAACAACAUAGGCAUCACAAUGCAGCUAGGGUAGUGUUGCAGCUAUAAUUGUGUUUCAUUGUCUCAAAAUUUGUACAUCUUGUAUAAAAUAUGAAUGUUUCCAAAUAAACUAUGAAUGUUUUCUGUAUAAUAUAUGAAUGUUUCUGAGAAGAAACUAAAUAGGUAAGAUGUUAACCUGUUCAAAGGAUACCAAAUAAUGGCUUAACUGGACAACCUUAAAAUUAGCCUAGAGAAUCAUCCUUCCUUAUAUUUUAGUGAUCCACCAAGAAUGAGAGAGGAUUAUUAUAUAGUUAGAUUAUACUGUCUUGUCUAUUUUAUCAUUUCUGUCUGGUUACAGAUUUUUUUUUUUUUCAAACUUCAAUAAAAACUUAAAAUUGGACCUGA